UUUCACAAGGAUAUAAAACAAUUAAAAAAAAUUUCUGGUUAACUGCUAAUAGUACAAAUACAAAUUAAUAAAAAGAAAAUUAGAUUCUUGUGCAGAAGUCCCCUAGGGGCUAGGAGUACCUAGUAGUAAAUAGAAGUACUUCCUUCACAAAUAUAAAUAUAAAUAAAUACUCUUUCUUUAUCUUUUAAUUUACAUUUAUUUCUAUUUUAAUUUGUUCUACUUAUUUUAUAUUUUUUUUUUCACAAAUGACUUUAUUUUUUUCAAAUCUCAUCCAUAAAAUUUAUUUUUUAUCUUCAUCUUAAUUACUUAUUUCUAUUAUUCACGUGUUCUUUUUAAUAUUCUCAAACCCAAUUUCGUUACACUAAAUUUCACCCAAAAUAAUAUGGGUACAUUUCGUAGUAACGGAAGGAGUAUAAAUUAAAUACUUUUAUAAUAAACAAACAAAGAAAACUUCAUUAUGGUACCAAUUUUUCUGAAGUGUCCACAAAGGGUUCUCUGCUUCAUUACUCAUUAAGCUUCUACCUCAUUGGAUUGCAGAUUAAAGGACCCAAUUUCUGAAACUUGUGGGACACCCUCCUCCCUCUUCUCUUCUUUGUAAACUUCAAUUUUUAUGUCUUCUUUUCUCUUAUUUUUCUUUGUAUCAUAUUUUGCAUUCAAACCCCACUUCCAUCUUCCAUGAUUCUUCUUCUGUCUUUCUCUUCUUCCAUCCUUUUCUCUGCUAAAAACCAGGUUUUGCCCACUAAGUCACUCUCUUUCUCAUUAAUAACUCCUGAAAAAGUUCCUUUUUUUGGCCUAUAAUCUGUAUUUUUAUAUCUAUGAUCAAUGCUUCUGUUCUUCUUCUCUUGGUUGGUGGGUUGUCUUUACAUUUAAGUCACUAUUAACUCUUCUUUCCUUUCCCACCUUCACAUUUUUCAUCUGGGUUCUUCUGCCUCUUACCCUCUUUUUACUGGUAAGUUUUCUCAUGAAUACCCACCUCCAUUUUGUGAUUAAUUCAUUGAUUGAUCCAUGAAAGUUCUUUUGGGGUUAUUUUAUUAUAUGGAUAUUUGGUGUAUUGUCAUUUUUUAUUUGUCAAUUUGGAUAUCCAAGAUCUACUUUUAUCAGCAGGAAUUGGUUUGAUUCAUGCUAUUAAAUCUUGAAUUUAAGAUAAUUUUGGGGAUUUUCUUGGAGUGAUGCACAUUGAAAGUCCCAAAAAUGGCUACUUUAGUACCUGGGAUUUUGUUAAAACUUCUACAACAUAUGAAUACAGAUGUUAAAGUUGCUGGUGAGCAUAGGUCUUCUUUAUUGCAAGUUGUGAGUAUUGUUCCUGCACUUGCUGGUGGUGAUUUGUUUCAAAAUCAAGGGUUUUAUUUAAAGGUUUCUGAUUCAUCUCAUGCUACUUAUGUUGCUCUUCCUGAUGAACAUGAUGAUUUAAUUCUUAGUGAUAAGAUUCAAUUAGGUCAAUACAUUCAUGUUGAGAAGCUUGAAGCUGCCUCGCCCGUUCCUAUCCUUCGAGGGGUAAGGUUGGUUCCGGGUAGGCACCCUUGUAUUGGUACCCCAGAAGAUAUUGUGGCUACCCAUUCUCUUGGAUUCCUUAAUAAUGCUUCCCCCGGAUCGAAAAGUGAGAAACCGAAGUCUUCUGCUAAGGCAUUGUUUGGUAGUAAGGAGAAGUCUCCUCCCUCUAAAGUAAAAAGUAUUGGGAAAGUUGAACAGAUUGAUAAAAAGGGUUUGACUAUCACUCGAUCAAAGUCGAUUUCAUCGAAACCUAUUGGGAAUUCCUUGGAUAGAAAGGAAGGUUUGGGAAGGGUUAAGACGUCGAGUUCUCAAUCGAUACCAUCGUCUCCUACUAGUUGUUAUUCACUUCCUACUUCAUUUGAGAAAUUUGCUAAUGGGGUUAAGCACCAAAGUAAGAUCAAGAGUGAUAGAGGGACUCCUAAGUUGGGUUUAAUGGAGAAGGUGUCUGCUAAGUUAGGAUUGGUGGAAAAGGCUAGUUCGGUUCGUGCAGCGAGCCCAGUGUCGAAGAAGCAAUCGUCUGUGUCUACACCUAAGAAGCUGGCUCAAGUAAUUGACAUGGGACCUAAGGCUUUGAGGAGAAGUUGGGAAGGGAGCAUGGAUACAAAGAGUAGAGACAACUUGAAAGUAAAGACUGGCAAGCCCGAGAUAGCCGCUGCUGCUCGUAGUACUUCUGUGCCUAAGAAAAAUCCAUCAGAUGACAGGUCUUCGACCAAAGUUGAGGGUAAAAACCACAAAUCCUCAAAAUUUUCAAAAGAUGAACCGAAAGAUCAGAUAUCUGCAAGGUCUUUGGCAACUAAUGGAGCAAUAGAUGAUCUUGAUAGAUCAAGCAAACCUAGACAUUCUAUUGGGAGGAAGUCGGUGGAUAGUGCUACAAAUGGAUUUCCUAGUAAUUUGGUGAAAGUCACUGCCAGUAAUAGGAAAUUAAUAGACGCUAGUGUCUUGUGGUCGUCUCUUCCUUCCUCUAUCACUAAGCUUGGAAAGGAAGUUUUGAAGCUUAGAGAUUCAGCGCAAAUUGCUGCAAUUGAGGCAAUGCAAGAAGCUUCAGCUGCUGAAGCUAUACUUCGAUGUUUAAGCAAAUAUUCCGAGCUAAGUUCAUCAGCCAAGGAAGACGACCCACAACCGGCAGUAGAGCAGUUUUUAGCCCUACAUUCGAGUUUGAAGAGUGCACUUCUCACCGUCAAUUCUUUGUCUAAAACGACUAUCGUUGGAUCAUCCCCAGAUAGUCAAGAAAUCUUGUCAGAAGAAACACAGAAGAUCUUAUCCGAGAGGAGAAAACAAGCAGCUUCAUGGGUUAAUGCUGCCUUAGCCACAGAUUUAUCGUCAUUUUCGCUAUAUAGUGACCGACCAACAUUGCCACUUUCGGUUUCCUCCCAAUCGCAAAACCCGAAGCUUAACUCCGUAAAUCAGCCCAUUUUAAUUCUUGAAAAUGCAAGCAAGAAUGCAUCUCCAAAGCCCAUAUCGAAACCCCGCUUAUCAGUUAGUUCCAAGACUUCUUCUCCUGGGACCCCUCGUCGAGCCAGUGAUAUGCUAGCAACUACCCAAAAGAUCCGACCCCAACCACCUCCUCCUGAAUGGGCUCGAGGAAAUGGGCUCGACGAGUAUGUAGACUUGGCUGAGAAGCUGCAGUCGGAGUCACAAAAUUGGUUCUUGGGUUUUGUGGAGCAGUUUUUAGAUGCUGAUGUCGAUUCAACAACAUUGACGGACAAUGGACAAAUCGCGGGUAUGCUUUCUCAGCUAAAGAAUGUCAAUGAUUGGUUAGACGAGAUAGGCGGGUCUUCAGCCCAAGACGAGGAACAAGAUACCGAGGAAGAGGAAAUGGCGCGUAUCUCAAGUGAAACGAUCGAUAGGUUGAGAAAGAAGAUAUACGAGUAUCUUCUAACGCAUGUCGAGUCAGCUGCUGCUGCACUCGGGAGUGGCUCACAAUCGAUCCCUCUGGUUCGAACCACAGACUCUAAAGGAAGAAGAUAACCAUUUUUCAGAUUUGGCUCACAAAGUUCAAUCUCCAAACACCAAAGUUUAACCAAAAAGAUGCUGAAAUACAGAUUUUUGUGCUGAAAAUUUCCCUUUUUUCUGUAUAGUAAUCACCCUAUUGGGAUUUAUGGAAUAGGUGAAGUUUGUGGUUAUUUAUGGUUUAUAGUUUCACUUGAAAAUGGGUAGUGUAGUUAGGUUCCUUUAUUUUGUGGGACAAGUUUGCCAAAAGCUAUACAAUUUGGUGAAAAAAAUUAGAAAAAAGUUGUUUCCUUUUAUCUUUAAGCUUGUGGUGUGAUGAUUAAACAUAUAACAUAAUUUGGUAAAUUGUAAGUAUGAAGAGGGAUGCAUAUUGUGGGAUACUACAUGAUUCAAAUAUAUUGUUCUUUCAUCAAUGGAAUUAAUAAGGGUGAUUUCCAUUUAAUAUAAUUUUUAAUGUUGCUAUUUCUUU